AUGGGAGAAAACGUGGAAGCCACGGCCGAGGAUUAUUUUGAAAAUCUAGUGGAGGGAGUGGAACGAUGGGAUCUCAGUAAAGUGCACAUCCCCUCUGAACUCCUUCUGGUCAGCAAGGAGGCUUUUCCAGUGAUGGUGAAUGAGAAGGGCCAGGUGCUGAUUGCUGCGUCCUCCUAUGGUGAUGGCCGCCUCCUGGUGGUGGGCCAUGAGCAUUACUUGUUUCAGCCUAGUUUCACUCCAUUUCUGGUCAAUGCAGUGAGCUGGCUCUGUCCCUUCCUCGGGUCUCCCAUCACCCUGCACCCGUCCCUGCUGAUAGUCGGAGGCCUUCUGAAAAAACACGGCGUCGAUACGCGGAUUAGGUCAGAACCUGGUGACCCCUCGGGAGUUUACUGCACCAGUGCCUUCCAUGAGAACCUGAUGGAGAAGCUGUUCCGAUUCUUGAAGAGCGGAGGGGGCGUGCUCAUCGCUGGCCACGCCUGGGCUUGGGCCAAUAUGCACGGCCAUCACAAGGUGCUUUCCAGGUUCCCCGGGAACCUGGUGACCAGUGUGGCUGGCGUGUACUUCACCAACAUUCAAGGGAAAAUAGACAAUUUCAAAGUCUCUCAGAAGAUGCCCUUAAUUCCGCUGGACCUCAGGUGUGAUGAAGAGCUGGCAGAGGACCAGAAGAAGCUCCUGCAAGGAAUUUCUGAGCUGGACAUCCGGGCAGGGGGCAUUCCCUCACUGCUGCUGGUGCACGGAGAGCUGGCCUUUUCCCUGGGCAUGGACAGCUCCUCUGGCUGCUUUCUUGCAGCUUCCCACUACGGCCGUGGCCGCGUAGUGGUGGGGGGGCACGAGAACCUGAUCCUCAGCCACAAGAUGCACCCAUUUGUGCUCAAUGCUUUACACUGGCUGGUUGGGACGAAGAAAGGUAAAAUUGGCUUAGACUCCAAAAUGAGAGCUCUGGGCCCUAUGUUAUCAAAGCAUAACUUCGAAUGGACCAGCACAGAAGUUCUGAGCAGUAACUUGAGUGUCUUCUGUGGCUGUUUCUCGCUUGCCCAAAUGGAUCCCCAGGAGGUGGAGGAAUUUGUGGCAGAAGGUGGAGGGUUGCUGAUUGGAAGACAUGCCUGGCUUUGGAGCCUCAGGCACCCAGAAGAGAAAUGCAUGACACAGUUCCCCGAGAAUAGGUUCCUUACCACCUUUGGCCUUGGCAUCACAGAUCAGACAGGUAAACGAGACCGUGUCCCGGUCCCUAAGCCUGGAGACAAAAACUACCACAUCCGGACUGCUCUCUCCCAACUUGCCACCUCGCUGUACAGUGAGAAGGGCUCCAUAGAAGAGAGCUGGCUGGAGAAGCUCAUACAAGACUGCUCCUACCUGUUCCAAAUCCUCAAUCACGAUGCACCCAUCUACCAGUCUAUGAAGAAUCAUAUCCUGCAGAUGAUCAAGUGGGACGGCUUACCACUUGUGAGCAAGGAGAACCCCAUCACCAAGGGGAGCUCACAAGCUGUACUCAUAUCCCUGGCUGGAGAACUGGUCAAGUCAGGAAUUCAGAGCUCUAUGCUGCUGGAUCAUCCUGCCUUUCUACCUGCCACAGAAUCUCCCGUCACUAUUGAGAUCCACACAGAAAACCACAACUCCUGGGUGAGCACCGGCCUCUACCUGCCCGAAGGGGAGACUGUAGAAGUAACACUGCCUGCUAAAGCUGUUGGUGCUAAACUGAAGGUCCUCAUUGGCUGCCAUACAGACAACAUCAGCCAUGCAAAAACUUACUUCCGCCCCCCGGUGGUGACACAGACCUUCAACUUAGAUAAAGAGAAGAAGUCCUUCUCCUGGCUGUGGGGGGGGCUCAUCUACAUCAUUGUACCCUCUGACUACAGACUGGGUAGUAUACCCAUCACCAUCCGUGGGGCUUCAUUGGCCCCAUGCUUCCAACUGGGAAAGACAUCUAAGGAGGACUGGAAGCGUCUUCGCCUGCAGAAUCCAGCGCCCUGGGGAGAGCUGAUCACAGACAACAUCAUCCUGACCGUGCCAACUGCAAGCCUGCAAUCUCUGGAGGACCCAGAGCCCUUGCUGCAGCUCUGGGAUGAGAUGAUGCAGGCAGCGGCUGGGCUGGCGGCUGAGCCCUACCCUUACCGCCGGCCGGAGAGGAUUGUGUUUGAUGAACAGGUCUUAUUUGGCCUGUUGCACGCAGGAUACCCCAUCGUGGGCCAGACACAAAUAGUGGGAGACUUCAUCUCGGUGGCGGCAAUCAGGUCCAACGGUCUUUGGAGCGGCCUCCAUGAGCUGGGCCACAAUCACCAGCGGAGUGCAUGGAGCUUCCCUCCCCAUACUAACGAAGCCAUGUGUAACCUCUGGGCGGUCUAUAUCCACGAGACUGUUCUGGACAUCCCCAGGGCUCGGGCCCAUCCUGCACUGAGGCCUGAGACUCGGAGGCAGAGGAUCAAAAAACAUGUGGACAAGGGAGCCCCUCUGAGUGAAUGGAGUGUGUGGACAGCUCUAGAAACGUAUCUCCAGCUGCAGGAAGCCUUCGGGUGGGAGCCAUUCACCCAGCUUUUUGCCGACUACCAGACCAUCCAUAAUGCUCCGAAAGACAACCCCAAAAAGAUGAAUCUCUGGGUAAGGAAGUUCUCUGAAGCAGUGAAGAAGAAUCUGGCUCCUUUCUUUGAGACCUGGGGCUGGCCCCUCCGGAAGGAUGUGACAGACAGCCUCGCUUCUCUGCCCGAAUGGGAGGAAAAUCCCAUGAAAUCUUAUUUAUCUAUGUGA